UAUUAAGAAAUUAUAAUAUUUAACAGAAGUGUUGCUGAAAAGUGUGAAAAUCUAUAGUGUGACGAAUAUUAUAAGCAAUUUGUUUAAAUGAAAAAACGACAACACAACGAAGUGGAUAUGUCUAAGAAAAGUCUAUUAUGUCCGCAUUUUAAUUGAAAAUAGUCGUUUGCUAAGGGUAAAAAGUAAAAUAACGUAAUCUAUCAACUGCGUCACUAACGCAAUAUCGAAAAAAAAAAAAAAAAAAAACAAUAAUAAACAAUUAGAGUAAUAUUUUUCCAAAUCUAUCUUGAAGUGGUUGCGCUGAGUGCAGUUCCAAGCAAACACACUCGAAAAUGCAGCCCCCGCCACGUAAGGGAAAUUAUGUGAAAUUCUUAAAGAAUUUACACACAGAGCAAGUGGCCAAAUUGCAAUUAAAAAAUCAACAUGAAUGCGAUUUGCUCGAGGACAUACGACAGUUCACUAUCAAACGUUCCGCCAUUGAGAAAUCCUACAGCGAAUCGUUGCUCAAGAUCUCCUCGCAGUAUUUGAACAAAAAAAUACCAAAUAUACCAGAUAUAAAAAUGGAAGGCAUGGAGGAGAGAUGGAAUAUGUGGAGCGUUUGGCGUACGGUACUCGAAGAGAAUGAAAAAUUAGCACGCGCACGACUCGCAGCUAUCGAAGUGUUCCAGCAGCAAAUUGCUGACGAAGCUAAAGUGCUGCGCGAUUACAAAUUGGCCAUUUCCAAAAAGUCACUCUCACAGAUAGUGAAUGUACAAAAGGAGUUGCACCUCAGCGUUUCCGAUGUCGAUAAGACAAAAAAGCAAUAUUUCGACGAGGAGCAUUGCGCACACGAUGUGCGCGAUAAAGCACGAGAUAUUGAAGAGAAACUGAAGAAAAAGAAGGGUUCAUUCUUCCAAUCGAUCACUUCGCUGCAAAAGAAUAGUGCACGUGUUACAUCACGUAAAGAAUUGUUGGAAGAGAAAUCGACGGGCGCACGCAAUGACUACAUACUCAGUUUGGCCGCAGCGAAUGCACAUCAGAACCGUUACUUCACAGUCGAUCUGCAGACAACGAUGACCACUAUGGAGAAUUAUGUAUUUGAACGAGUAGCCGAGUACCUGACACUGAUGGGCCGCACCGAAUUGCUCACCUGUUCGGCCACACAGAAUUCGUUCGGCAAAAUACGUGAUCAAGCACAGCAAUUGACGCGCGAAUACAAUUUACAGUGCUGUUAUCUCUUCUAUCCAGUAUUAAAACAACACAUACAAUAUGACUUCGAACCGUGCGAUAACGAUCCGAUAAGAAAGAUCACCACCGAACAUGAAUCGGCAUCGGAGACACUUACGAAAGAGGCUAAGAAUUUGGCGGGACGUGUAGUGAAGGAGAACGUAGCUAUACGAGAUGCCGCAAAGAAAUUAGCCAUUUGUGUAUCGCUACGGGAUUCGGGACAACGCAGUGAUCCUAACGAUCCUAAUGGACCAGAUUUGGACACGAAAAUUGAAGAGUUUAGGGAUUUGAUUCGCCGCUCUGAAACGGAGAAGGCAAAGGCUGAGGCAUGUUUGCAAAGUUUGCGUGAGGGUGGCAUUAAUGUUGACGAAUGGGUGCAGGAGGCAGAGAUUAUGGGCGUACAAGAAUUGGCACGCUCAGCCAGUUCCAUCUCUAUGCGUACAGAUGCUUCUGGACAAGGAGAAAAUCCAAGUUCGGACUCAUUCUACGACAGUGACAAAGAGGACGCAGGCGGUGCGCAGGCAGGUGUGGCUGCCAAGUCUAAAGUCGAGAAGGAGUUGUCGCGCGAUAAGACAUUUAGUGACAGCGAUGAGGAUGUGGAAGAACGUGUACCGGAACCAAUUGCUGCUGCUCCGAUGAUGGCCGCAACUACCGGUUGGGAUGAUCCCACUGAAGUCAACUGGGGUGCUGAGGAAGAGGAGGAGAAAGACGAAUCCAUUGUUCCUGAACCGAAGGAAGCUAUUUUCAAAUGCACCGCUUUGUAUAGCUACACUGCUCAAAAUCCAGACGAACUGACCAUUGUCGAGAACGAACAGCUGGAGGUGAUUGGUGAGGGUGAUGGUGACGGCUGGUUGCGCGCACGCAAUUAUCGCGGCGAGGAGGGCUAUGUGCCGCACAAUUAUCUGGACAUCGAACAGGAUACUGCCGUUAACGGUAGCUCAGGCAAUCAAUUGCGCUCACAAAUCUCAUUCUCAUCUGUCGAUUAUACCGUUGACAAUGAAGAUCAAACCGUGGAUUCCAUGCAGUCACCCGAUCAGGUCUCUGUCAUAAUGGCGCCACAGAAACGGAAGUCCGAUAUACUCUAUUGCAUAGCCUUGUAUGACUACGAUGCGACUGCCGAGGAUGAGCUCACCUUUGAAGAGGGUCAAAUUAUAAAGAUUGUUACAAAGACGGCGCAUGGCGUUGACGAUGGCUGGUGGGAGGGUGAAUUAGAUGGUAAAUUUGGUAAUUUUCCAUCGUUGGUAGUUGAAGAGUGUGAUGAGAAUGGUGAACCGUUGUCGGAAGGUGGCGAUGAGUCACCACCACCGACUGCACCGCCGAGUUUUGCGCUUCCACCCGCACCCGCACUACCGCCAGAGUACGCGCACGAACUGACUGAAGAUAUGUUCGAAUCGCAGGACACUGCAGAUGAUGAUAGCGGCUAUAUACCGAACGGCGGCGCACCCAGCAUGCCUCCACCAGUGCAAAGUAAUAAAGCCAGCAUCAAAAAGGUACUCAUACAAGAGCCUGGAAUGGAGGACGAUAUCAGCGACGAUGGUAAUCCACCACCAUCGCUGCCGCCGCCGGCUUUAAGUGUCGGACCCAGCAAGGAAGGUAAUUCUCUAAAUUUAGGUAUGGCACAAAUAAUUGUUACUGCCGCAACCCCAAUGGUUGAAGACGGCACAGAUAAAUCUUUCCCUCCGGUAGGAGAGAGUGAUGGAGGUAGUGCAGCUGCAGGAACAGCGAAAACUGCCAGCAGCGACGACGACAAGCCGGUUAAACAGAAAAAGGUGGAACCGAAACCCGUGGUGCAAGUAGCAGCUGAUGAAAAUGAAAAUCAUGAGGACGAUACACACUCAUCCGAUCAGGAUCCGGACUCUGAAGUUAAGACCUUACAAGAGGCCGAAGACCCAUUUAACGAAAAAGGUAGUGUGGCUGAUGCUGGUGAUGGAUUCGAGGCGAAUUUCGAAGCCAACUUCGAUGCGAAUUUCGAUGACGCUUUUGCCGGUGGCGCACAAUCUGCCGAUAUUAAUGCCGAAUCAAGCGCCGAAGACGUCCAAGCACCUAAACAGGUUGUAGGUGGGCGUGCAAGCAUACCCGAGGAAUUGGAUUCAAAUCAAUUGGCACGAUUGCAAAAUCUGAAGGAGUCAAAUGCUUAAACAGUAUUAGAAAAUUAGCAAAACUUGCAUUUAAAGAUUAACAUACCGAAUGAAAAAAAUGCACUAAGGAAAAGCGACAAUUAAAGUAUUAUCGAGUAAGCAUUGUGAAGAGGAGCAAAUUUGAAGGGAAUAAAGGCAUACAUAAUAGUAUAUAUUAUGUACUUACAUGAUAAUAUAUGUAUGUGUAUUCACCGUAGAGUUGGAGCCGGCAAGCAAGUGGAAAUGCAAGUACGCUGAUUUUUAACGCCAACUUAGCAUUCCGGUGAUCUUCAGUUUCUUUAAAAAUUUGCAUGUAAAUUAAUCUAUUUCAUUUUCGCUCUUUAAAUGCUUUGUAUCACACACUUAGUAUGAUUUCGAAAAAAAGCUAGAAAUUGUAAUAAAAAGCAAGUAUUAUGGAAGAGCCUUAAUGUCAGAAGAUAAUUGUACGCUGAAAUUUCACAGUUGUGUCAACUUUGCACCUUGGUAAAUGUACGUAAACAUAUAUAAAAUAUAACGACGAACUCUAAGAUACUCAUAUGUAUAUGACCCGCUUUCAUAAACCUCCACUUGAAUUGAACUAUUAUUAGGGAAAAUGUUAUACUUACUCUAAGUGCAUUCACAAAUACUUAUAAUUACGUAUAAAAACACUUAAAAUACUCGUACCACAUAUACUAAAGUAUUGCAUAUACUUAUUUAUUAGAGAAUUGAAAUCGUCUAACUGCAGUGGCAUGCCAAAACAAUCAAGUAUUAAAUUUGAGUUUUUUGCCUUCGAAUUCAAUUAAAAAAUUAAAAUAUUAUUUCAUGCACCACUGUAGUUAUAAGAAAAAUCACGAAUGUACUUCAACAAAUGUGCUUGUUAGAUAUAUACUCUCAUAUGCUAUUACAUACCUAUGUACACCUAAACAUUUACUUAUAGAUACUAGUAAUUACACAAACAAAAGCGAUAGCUAAAAUGCUGUAAAUCUAAUAAAAUAAAAUGUUAGCAAAGCAAGGAAAUGCAAUAAGUGAGAAUUCAAAGCAUUAUUAUAGCUAAAGAAAAAAAAAAAACAAAAAUUGCUGCAGUCAAUUGUUAAUUUAAAGUUUAAUAGCCAAGUACCUUCAGUGAAAUAUUCAUUUGCCAAUAGUUAUAUACUCAUAUUAAUAUAUAUUUAAAUAUACAAAUAUAGAGUUGCUUUAAUAUUAACUAAAUAUCUAAUUAUAAUUUAUCUAAUUAUUUUAAUAGAAUAAAUAUAGAUUUUUUUUUUUUUGAAUUGUUAAGUUAGAUUGUUCAGUUAAACUCGUGCUUUAGGAAUGGAAUUCAAACUAAUUAAGUUUGGCAAGAAAUUCUUCCAUUAAAUACAUACUUGUAUGUGUAGCAGAAAAGCAAAAACAAAUAUACUAAUUAAUUUUACUUUUGAAAUAGAAAGCUGCUGUUUUUGAGGUUGAGGUUAGGUUAGGUUAGGCCAUUGGGUUGAACCAUCGACGAAUAUCCCUGGGCAGCUCUUAAUCUUAAUGCUUUAUUUUACCAAAACACUUCACAAAAUGCCAGUUGAGCAGGCGACUCAUGUUUUUGAAAAUCUGUAAAGCUUCAGUCUUUGUUAAUCUAGUUUCAUCAUAAAAAUGAACAAAGUUGUACACGCAUCGCUAAAUGUUUUUCAACACCAUGCAGCAACUUAAAUGUUCAUUCGCACUUAUUUAUGCUAAGGCUAUACGCUAGUGAAGUGAUGAGCUAAGCUACGACCUUAGCAGAGUAACAGUAGUAGCUUACUGCAGGCCACGCUUAGUGGAGAAAAAAGCAUAUUAUGUUUUAAUUUCUUAUUUUUUAUGGAAUUAUGUGAUUAUAGUUGAGUUUACAACAGCUUGAGAGGCUGGGGAGCAUUUUUUACGUGGCGGGUCCCAAACUCAGCGCACAGCCCUUGGGAGGAAUGGUUCGCUUACUCAGUUUAGCUUGCUUUCACCCGGAUGUUCUUUGGCUACACAGAAGAUAUUUGUUCUAAGACCGGAAGUCGUAAUCUGGUUGAGACAUAUAUAUGUAAAAUAAUCGUUUCUGGCCACUCCCAAGUGAAUGGUAAUCAGAAAACUUUCUUUCACACACACACACUUAUGUAGAUGCCCAACGAUUACUCCUUCCUUGAAUAAUUCUAUGAUUUCGAAAACUUGCUAAAAGUUUGUGUUCUUUCAAUUUUCUUUUAUAUGCACAUAUUGUUUUCUAUAUCUUGAACAUUGGAAACUUAGUGGAUAUAAACUUAUUGUGACCAUUCUGAAAACUUAGUGAAUUUUCUGCUCUGACGAAAGGCAGACUAAAACUGCUUCUGCUUGGGCAAUUCUAUUUUACGCUCCUUUGAAGCGACUUUUACUUUCCUAUUUAACUCAUUCUGAGUUAUUCUUUGAACAAGAAGUUCGUGAAACUAGUUGAAUCAAUUAUGAUACAACACAGAAUCGGUGCAUUCCUUUGACUUAAUCCAAAGUUAGUUGGAUAUGAAAGUAUUCAGUAUUUCAAUACCUUAAUUCUCCCAGGAGACCAUCCUCAUAAACUUGAGGUGAUGUGCUGCAACGAGAUAAAGAAAUAACGAAAUAUAUAAUAUCAAUAAAAAAAUUUGUAAAAUAAUCCAAUUAUGAUUAUUAUAAAACAAUAAUUAAUAAUAAUUUCUUUAAGUUUCAGUAUUUAAGUUUUUGUUAUGUAGCUGAAAUUUUGUUAUGCAAUCCGUAAAGUUGGAACACUUUUCUGACUUUAUCGAAAACGAAAGAAUUGAACAUAAAAUUAUUAAGAUAUGUUCAAAUCAAGAUUAAACACAAUGCCAAUAUUAGUGUUAUAUAUAAACAGGUCCUCAAAAAUAUUCUAUGAAAAUAAACAGCCAUACAUACAUACCAUACAUACAUAUAUAUCAUACGUUCUCUCAUAUACAAUACAUAUUUGAAAAGCAAAAUACAUUCAUCAAUCGCAAGCUAUUCGAACAGUGUGUCUACAAAACCAUUUCAUAUGCCUCAUAUGUAAAAGCCACACAUACAUACUUAAAGGGAACUCUAAUUUAGACUAAUUUAUUGAAAGCAUGAAUAUUAGAAAAAUUGUACAAUAAUUUGUAGAAAAAAGUUUAUAUAAAUACUGUUCUUAAUACUGUAAAGUUUUGUUGCGUUUUCUAUUGAAUUAACUAUUGAAAUGAAAGUAUUAUGUGUAAAUCUGAAAAAAAAUUAAAACAAUUUCUAAUAGCCUGAAAUGUAAUGCAAUAACUAAAAAAUCCAAUCCAAUAAAUACAUAUAUAAAUUCCA